CGCCUCUCUCCUUGUGACUGUGACGCUGUGAGGAAAAACAUCCCCGCUAGAGGGUAAGCUGCAGCGGCGGCACCGCAGAGGCGCACGGCUGACGCAUGUCCCCUGUCGCAGCAGGAUGUUUGAGAACCUGAGGGAGCGGCUGCUCACCGUGCAGCAGGACCUGACCAGCGGGUUGAAAAGUUUGGGUGACAAAUCAAGAGAUGUGAAGAUCAAAAAGCAGCACAGGCCAACUGAACACUCUGUGAAAUUUCCAGCCGGGAUAGAAGUUCUUAGCAGGUAUGAAGAUUCCUGGGCUGCACUACAUAAAGGGGCAAAAGAAUGUGCUAAAGCUGGAGAGCUAAUAGACAGUGAGGUGGUGAUGCUGUCUGCUCACUGGGAGAAGAAGAAAAGUGGCUUGGUGGAACUACAGGAGCAGCUGCAAAACAUACCAGUCUUCCUUGCGGAUCUUGAAUCAGUGACAGCUAAACUUGUUAUGCUGGAAGGAAGUUUUGAAGAUGUAGAGAAACGCCUGUCAGACUUGGAGGAACUAUGUGAACAGUGUGAAUUUCAGCGGUUCCAGCAUAUGCAGUACAGACAGUUAGGAAACUACAAGAAAAUGAAAAGGAAAGAGAUUGAAAGUGUAAAAGCUGAUCUGGAUUCAGAACAUACUCAGAGGGUUUUCGACAUGGAGUAUGCCCAGCAGAUGAAGCUGAAGGAACGACAAAAGUUCUUUGAAGAGGCUUUCCAGCAGGACAUGGAGCAAUACUUGUCCACUGGAUACCUGCAGAUAGCAGAGAGACGAGAACCAAUAGGAAGUAUGUCUUCCAUGGAGGUCAAUGUGGACAUGUUGGAGCAAAUGGACCUGAUGGACAUGUCUGAUCAGGAAGCAUUAGAUGUCUUUUUAAAUUCAGAAGACAACGCCAUGCUUUCCCCUAUGAUAGGGCCCGACUUUGACAUUUGUCGAAAUGAAUUAACACUUCAGGUUCCCAGCCAAGCAGAACUCAGACAUAAACUUUCUUCAUUGUCCUCCACAUGCACUGAUUCAGCCAGUCAGGAAAACAGUGAAGAUGGUGGAGAGUCGCCCAUAAUCCAGUCAGAUGAUGAAGAUGUAAAUGUGGACUCUGUACCUGGUGUCAGCCAUGUUGCAAAAGCCACUUCUGAUGCGAGUGAUGAAAGCGAUACCCACACUGCAUGAUGUGAGCUUCAUGUGGCUGCUGUAUCCUGGAGUGUUAGCCAUCUUGUACUAAUCCACCUCCACACGCAGUGCAAUUGUUCCCCUACCGAUCUACACAAAGUAUUGUGUACAGGAGUCACUUGCGAACAAAAUGUUAUUAAAAUGAUGUUUUUUUUAUGGAGACUGUAGAAUAGAGGAGGAGAGCGGAUAUGCUGCACAGUUCCGCAGAUUGACUUGUGUGCUUAGUUUUUUAAGCACCAUGUUUAUCUCUCAGAGAAGAUUGGACUCAAGUCCUGCAUGAACGAACAACCAUUGGAAUAUUGAAGCUUUUAAUUUAGAUGUUUAGCUAGGCCAAGCUUUUUAUUCUUGAUGUGGUCCAAGUAUGCUAAGGAAAUUCCUGGUAAACUAGUAAUUACACAAAUAUCCUCAAGGGUAGAGCAUAGAUUAUGAGAAGGGACAUUUACUAAGCCCCUCACUCCACUAUUGUGGAGUAGAAAAGUCACGCAUUAUGGCACACGCCAAAUGUGCACAAUAAUUUGCGACUUUAUAGACUUCUCUGAAGCAGCAGUAAGUUAUAGCUGAAGUCUAUACCAGCCCCUGGCGGGCAUAGACUUCAGUUUCUGGCACACAGCAGGGCAGAGAUCCGCCUAAUUUAUUAAGGGACACCUGUCUCUUAAAUAAGUUAUGAGCAUCUCAUGCCAGUGCAGUGAGAUCAAGACUGGCAUGUGAGUAUGCCAGUCUUGAUAAAUAUCCCCCAUUGGGUUCACAGUUAUGCUUCUGUGACUACCAAAUUUGAGAUCCACAUCACAUGGAUCCCAAAUACAGUGACCUUAGACAUAGUGUGACUAGGGUGGAAAAUGGGGAAUUGUGGCAUGUAGCCAGACCUAGUCUCCAUUAGAAGCAUGGCAGUCCAUAUACUGCCAUAUGUCUGUGUGCACCAUAUAUGGUAUAUUAAAGAGGAUCUGUCACCACUCCUGAUAAGGCUACUUUUACACUCACGUUUUGUGCGGAUCCAUCGUUAACAUAGCCAAGAUUGUGUUAGUAAAAACAGAUCCGUCCCCAUUGACUUCCAUUGUCUGCCAGGACGAAUCCGUUUGGCUCAGUUUCAUCAUAUUGAGAAAGCGGAAUGGAGAGUGAACUGAUGUAAACCGAUGCAUUCUGAGCGGAUCCUUUUCCAUUCAGAAUACAUUCGAAUGCAAACUGAUCCGUUUUUGACCGCUUGUGAGAGCCCUGAAUGGAUCCCACAAACGGAAAGCCAAAACGCGAGUGAAAAAGUAGACGAAGUCUGUUUUAGUAAUAGUUGUAUUCCACAUGACAUGACCAUGAUGGAGCAUCUUUUUUUAUGACUCUGUGCUUUGCCAUUCCUCUUUUGUUCCCACUAGAGGUUUUUGAAUGAAUUGCCAACUGGGUGUUCUCAGUUAGUCUCCUACAGCACUGAUUGGAUAGUCUACAGAGACACGCCCCAACUGGUAACAGCCAGUUCGCAAUUCAUUCUUAACUUCUAUUAGGAAUAAAAGAGGGAUGAAAAGAUGCUCCAGAAUUGUCAUUCAUGUGUAGUGCAGUUUUUUUUCUAAAAUAGACAUGAUAAGAAUGGUGACAGGUCUUCCUUAAUUGAUGCUUGUUUGGGGGUGGGGUACAGAAUUGACAGAAUUAAAGGCAGGGUCUUUUUGAGGGACCCCUUUAAUUUCUGAGACUUCAUGCAUUUUGCAUCGGUUAGUAAUUUUUGAAUGUUUCCUUUUAUAACAGAGUGAGCCCAAAGCAAACACUUAGAUUGGGUUUGCACCAGUGUAAAGGUUUUGUGAUUUAAUCUGAAGCACUGAUCGACCACCCCAGAAGAUGCUGAGAACCCAGUCUUGUAAUACAUUUACGAGAACUUCUUCCAUACAGUAUUCUUUGAUUUAUCCAGUGCCAACUAUUAUGUACUUGCCUUGAUAAAUUAAAUAAUUUCAUAUCAUGAAAA